CCUGCCCUUGCAUGAUGGCGGAUGAACGUUUUUACAGGACAGACCACCACACACACCCUGCGAGAAGGGAAACGGUGCCCAGAGAGGCGUGUUGUGUGUAUCCCGCUUGAAGUGAAGCACCCGGAGACGUUCCGGAAGAACACAAGGUUGCGGGCAAAUUCAUUGAGAGAAUUUUGAAAUCCAAAUGUUCCUUCACUGCCGACAGCGCCGUCACCCCAAGGUUUAAGGAGGAGGUUUCGAGGGAUCCAGCGACACAACCCGAAUGAGCCGCAUCAUUUUGGGAGGGAACGACACACGGUCUCACUCUGUCUCUCUCGCCGGCUCUCUGGGAAGACGGUGGAAUUGGAGUUCUGACCGGACCCCAGACCCCUCAGGCUGCGUUGUGGAGAGCUGGCCCAGUAGUGGCUGAAGUGUGAUCGUGGUGGUGGGGGCCCAGUAGUGGCUGAAGUGUGAUCGUGGUGGUGGGGGCCCAGUAGUGGCUGAAGUGUGAUCGUGGUGGGGGGCCCAGUAGUGGCUGAAGUGUGAUCGUGGUGGGGGGGCCAUGAGUGCGCAGGAGGUGCCCAACCCCGGCCUGGACCAGGGGGAGGCGACCAGCGCGCAGGACACGCCCAUCCCUUCGCCGUCCCCGUCCGCCAUCAAGACCGAGCCCGUCACCACCCCCGCGACCCCCACCCCCACCCCCACGCCCGUGCCCACGGCCGCACCCACCUCCGCGCCCACCACCCCCACACCCGCCAGCAACGGCAAGGCCAGCGAGGGCGGCCCGCCGGCCGAGAUCUGCGUGGUCAUCGGGGGCUCGCGCAGCUCCCAGGCUCAGGGAUCCUAUGUGUGUGGAAUUUGUGGGAAAAAGUACAAGUACUACAACUGCUUUCAAACUCAUGUUCGCGCACACAGAGAGUCGGACGGUGUCUCAGGAGAGGCUGCCUCCCCGUCCGUAAACAACUCAUUCCGCUACACAUGUGAUGUCUGUGGGAAAAAGUACAAGUACUACAGCUGUUUCCAGGAGCACCGGGACCUGCAUGCAGUAGAUGACCCGUACGACCAUGUGAUCCCCGUGGAGGAGGCCAAGGAGGAAGCGGAGGGAUACCAGAAGAUAGGACCCAAAACAGGAAGUUACACCUGUGAGUUCUGUGGGAAGCAGUACAAGUACUUCAACCCUUACCAGGAGCAUGUGGCCCUGCACACGCCCCUAGGUAGGUGGGCCAAUCCACCGCCUGUGACAAAAUGGCCACCUCACAUUGGUCAUUCCUUUGACAUGCAGUCAACUCGUUCACAACAGAAAAAGAAUGUCAACAAAUACACCUCAAACCGCUCUGAUCGGGGGCCUUCAGAAAAUUCCUUCGUUCUCAAAAUGGAGGGAAAAAUGCCUCCCUCGGUGGUGGAUGGCAACUCCCAGAACUCCAGCGGUGCUGGCAGUCCACUGAUGACCGGGUCCUUUGGCACAACUCCGAAACCGUACACAUGUGGAGCCUGUGGGAUCCAGUUCCAGUUCUACAACAACCUGAUGGAGCACAUGCAGUCCCAUGCCGCGGACAAUGAGAACCACUCUAAGGUGGAGUCCAAGAGCGUUGCUGCAGUGUCUCAGGACCAGGUGUGGAAAUCCCCUCCGCCAGCUCAGCGCAACCACACCACCUAUCAGGAGAACCGUCUGCUCCCGGAUAAGGAGCGUCAGCAGGUGUCCGAGCGUCUGCUGCGGCUGAUGUGCGCCGACCUGGGCCUACUGAGCGCGCUCAACAGCAAGGACUUCCUGAAGCUGGCGCAGACGCUGGUGGACACGGGCUCCCGGCACGGCGCCUACAACCUGCGCGAGGCGCUCGGCUCGGACCUCAGCAUGCUGGCGCUGCGGCAGCUGCCGCGCAUGUACAACCAGGUGAAGGUGAAGGUGACGUGCGCGCUGGGCUCGAGCGCGUCCCACGGCAUCGCCGUCACGUGCCACUCUAUGGCGCAGGGCCCCGACGCGUGCUACGUGCUGACGGCGUACCAGGUGGAGGGCUCGCGCCCGCGGCGCUACGUGCUGGGCAUCAAGGAGGCGGGGCUGAAGGACGGCCCCGAGCAGGUGCACCACUGGGCGCAGAACGUGCUGUCCGAGUUCGUCAUGUCCGAGAUGCGCACCGUCUACGUGAGCGAGGGCCGCGUCUGGGCACAGGCCCAGGCCUUCUGCGCCCGCGGAGGAGGAGGAGGAGGAGGAGGAGGAGGGGGAGGAGGAGGAGGUGGUGGGGGAGGGGUCAGCUUGCGCUGCGCCGGCUGCUCAUUGGGCGCCGUGGUCCAGGCCGUGCUGGGGAGGCGGAGCUUACAGGCACGCGGGCUCCACGAACUGGGCGAGCUGCUGACCACCUGCAAGGACAUCGCCAGCACCACCAACUUCCUGGGGGGGGAGGGCAAGCCGGGCGAGGACCCCCCCCCUACCCCCCCCUGCUGGGACAGCUCGGCGGAGGCUCUGCUGAAGGUGCACGAGCACUUCGAGGUCGUCUGCGAGGCGUACGGCCGCUCCAAGUGGACGGCGCCGCUGCUGCAGGGGCUCAACAGGCACAUGCUGGGCACGCUGGCAUCCAUGUUGGCACCACUACGCCAGGCUGCGCUGGAGCUGGGCUCCGAGCGACGACCCACGCUGCAGCAGGUGCUGCCCGUCUACCUGCGCCUGGAGAAGCUCUUCACCGCCAAGGCGGGCGAGGCGGGCGCGGGCGGCAGCAAGCUGUGCCACUACUUCCUGGAGGCGCUGAAGGAGCAGUUCAAGGUGGAGCGCGCGCACCAGGUGGCCAUGGUGCUGGACCCGCAGCUCAAGCUGCGCCCCGCGCUCGCCUACCAGCACGACGACAUCGUGGCACGCGUCUGCGAGAUGGCCCUGGGCAUGAAGGAGUCCGGCGGGGGAGGAGGAGGAGGAGGAGGAGGUGAGGAGCGGGACUGUGACGGGUCUCCUCUGGCUAAGCGCGGUCGCCCGGGCGACGGGUCGGGGGCGGGGCCGGAGGGUGCGGAGGAGGCGCAGGUGAGGAAGGAGCUGUUCCAGUACCUGGCCGAGCCGCUGUUCCACGCCACGCCCGACCUCUUCCAGUACUGGCACUCGGCCGCCGACAAGUUCCCGCGCCUGGCGCGUCUGGCCCUGUGGCUGCUGGCGGUGCCCGCCGUGGGGGUGCGCCAAGAGUGCGUCAGCAUGUGCCAGCAGAGCCUGGCGCUCAAGCGGAGGAAGCAGGUGACGGCCGAGGAGAUGAACAAGCUGGUGUUCCUCAAGGCCAACACGCCCUGAACCGGAGGCACCCACCGCACCACGCAACACCACGCAACACCACACAACACCACGCAACACCACGCAACACCACGCAACACCACACCUCCUCAAGACCAACACGCCCUGAACCGGAGGCACCCACCGCACCACGCAACACCACACCACGCAACACCACGCAACACCACGCAACACCACGCAACACCACGCAACACCACACCUCCUCAAGACCAACACGCCCUGAACCGGAGGCACCCACCGCACCACCACGCAACACCACGCAACACCACGCAACACCACACCUCCUCAAGGCCAACACGCCCUGAACCGGAGGCACCCACCGCACCACCACGCAACACCACGCAACACCACACCACACCACACCCCACCACGCAACACCACACCUCCUCAAAGCCAACACGCCCUGAACCGGAGGCACCCACCGCACCACGCAACACCACACCACGCAACACCACACCACGCCACAACACACCGCACCGCACCACGCAACACCACACCUCCCUGAACCGGAGGCACCCACCGCACCCUGAACCUGAACCAUGGCAUGGCACAACAUCUCCUCCUCAACUCUCUCUCUCUCUUUUUCUCUCUCUCUCUCUCCUCCUUUGUCUCUUUUUCUCUCUCUUCUCUCUCACCCUGUCUCUUUCCCACCCUCCUCCUUACUUCUCUCUCUCUCUCUCUCUCUCUCCCUCUCUCUCUCUCUCCAUCACAACCUCAGUCUUUCGGAUCACGACUGUUCCAGUGCCCAACGGGUGGCCACUGAGGGGUCUAGACUCAAGUGCAAGUAGCCGAGAGGCCUCUCUCUCUCUCUCUCUCUCUCUCUCUCUCUCUCUGGUCAGCCCAGGGCCCCCACUGACCACAAACUCUAUUUUCCUAAAGACUCGUCUACAGGGACUCCCUCAGCAGACAUGCUCACCCAUGGUACUGUACAUGACCUAAGUCACUUUUGACAGAUGGGGAAAAAGGCUUUUGAAAACUCUCUUUUUUUUGGUUCCCUUAGAGUAUCACAAUCUCUUAUUAUCUUUUGACCAGCCUUUUGAAUCCUCUGUUUAAAUUUGAAAUGAUUUGUGUACUAUUAUGAGCAGAACCUGCGCUGGGCUCGUUGUUUCGUGUUUCUGGCUUUCCCCAGACGUUCUGCAGACGUUCCACAUACGUUCCCCAGACGUUCCGUAGACGUUCCCCAGCCCUUUGGCCUAGGACGCCCCCAACAGAAGCACCAAGCCCUGAGCUCUCCAGGCUGGGCCUCACUAUACGGCCCUUACUGUAGUUUCAGGAGGACGACUUAACUAUACCUCACAGCUUUAACUUGUCUCUGGUCCAAGUUGUAGUAACAAUCUUUGAGUUUGUAAUCUUGUAAAUACACUUAUGGACGUAGAUGAGUUGUGUUUUUGUUUUAACAUUUAAAAAGAAACAAAAAAGAAAAACAAAGCCAAGUUGUAUAUCUGGCAGAGCCGGCGGGAUACUGAGGGGUUUUGGCUAUUAUUUAGCACCAACUGAAACCACGAGGGAUAUUGAGGGGUUUUGGCUAUUAUUUAGCACCAACUGAAACCACGAGGGAUAUUGAGGGGUUUUGGCUAUUAUUUAGCACCAACUGAAACCACGAGGGAUACUGAGGGGUUUUGGCUAUUAUUUAGCACCAACUGAAACCACGAGGGAUAUUGAGGGGUUUUGGCUAUUAUUUAGCACCAACUAAAACCACGAGGCAAAGCAGGACAUGGUGGGGGAAAGAGAUCAGGAACUAUACAUAAAUGUCGCAUGAUAUUUAUUUACAUGAAUAUAUCUGUAUCUGUACGUAGGCUAUGAGUCAUAUUUCUUAUAUCUCCGAGCACGCAAGAGAGCUCAAGCAGUUGCUCCAGCGGCGACUCCACACUGAAGUCCCUGGUCUCGGCACUGUGGACAACAGAAUGUGUAGCUCUCGUGGGAAAUGGCUCAGUUUUCUGUUGUCAAAAUGGGUUUAGCUGCGUUUGGUGCUAGCAACGUAUCAGGCGGCCCAUGAUGUGGUCCACGGCCUGGAUACGAGGGGCCAUCCUCCUCUGCAGAAGUGCCCCCAUUAGCUCGUGUCCUGUAGCCAGUGGACGUCCGUUAGAGGGCCACUCUGAGAGGUGUACUCUAGAUGGGGUUGAGAUCAGCUACUGUAGAGAGGUAGUCUUCUCUCCCGAUGGAAGAUAUUUGAGUCCAACAGUCAAUCAACACAAUCCCUAGGGCUAGGUAGAGGGGGAGAAGGGAAGGAGAGCCAAUGUGCUGAGGUGCGUUCAAGUUCGCAAACAGUAUUCCGUUAGCCUUGAGUUUUUGCCGAACGUUUGCUAACAAUCGCAAAAAGUCUGAGGAGGUGGUGCGCCACGUGAGUUUGAUGAACGCAACAAUGCAAUCACUGUUAGAAUGGAAUGUUAACACCAAAUCGUUCAAAUGUAACUGUUCAAAGAAAACAUCUUCAUCACGAACGUUCGCGGCUGUUUGCCAGAUUUGAACGCACCUCUGAAGUCCCCCUCUGGGCUGUGGAUUCCACCGUUAGCUCUGCAUACUCUGUCCGUCUAAGCGCUCAGUGGGUCAUAUGCCUUCAUGUCAUUUCUCUGCCUUUUGGAUACGGCCUCCUGAGCAGGACAGUGCGGUCAGUGCGAUAGGUAAACUGAGAGACAUCAACUGGUCAGGGUGCCUGUUAGCCAAUCAGAGUCCUGCUGAGGUCACAAACGUCUGUUAUGUCUGUCUAACUCUGCAUACUCACUCUGUGUGUGUGUGUGUGUUUGUUUGUGUGUGUGUGUGUGUGUGGGUGGGUGGUUGGUUUGGUGUGGGUGUUACAACUCACCAGUUCUGUCAUUUCGCCAUGCUGUUUUUAGCUACAUAGCAACUUGAAGGUUUCAGAGGGGACGGGUUCAAUCCACUGUAGUUCAGCUUGUUUUAGUUCUUGCCCUCACCUCACAGUUCUUAAGUGUGUGCGGGUGUGUGUGUGUGUGUGUGUGUGUGUGUGUGUGUGUGUGUGUGUGUGUGUGUGUGUGUGUGUGUGUGUGUGUGUGUGUGUGUGUGUGUGUGUGUGUGUGUGUGUGUGUGUGUGUGUGUGUGUGUGUGUUGCCAUCGUUGAGCAAAAAACAAAGUCUUCCUUGUCCAACAAGUUUUGAUCUGCCUCUUGAUUGACAAAAUGUCACUGCUUAGAAUUGCAUUGUGAUUACGAUCUAUUUAUUUGAAAUGUCUCCAUAUCUGUAUGCUCCUGUGUUGUCUUACUGAGGUGUUGUCUUGAAUAAUGCUGAUAAGAUUUCAUUAUUGCCUUAUAACUUAUUUUUAGGUUCACAUAAAUGCUUUGAAUGCUUCCCUUUGAUUGGCAUGUGUUAAUGGUCCGAACUUGGUCAACUCAAAUGUGGUGUUACCAAAAGUACUCUCGUUUAAUGGACUCAGAAAGAAACUUGAUUAUUGUGAAGUCCGUUCACAAACGAGUAGCCCAAAGAAGAGCUGCAAAUGGCUGGCCUUUCGUCCCCGUGUCCAUGCACUGGAUUGCACUGAUGCUGCCUCUCUGCCCACUCCUCUGUUUUGGGAUGGAUGGUUCCUUUUGAGUGCAGCAAACCCGCCUGCUCAUACGAAGUGUCCAGCUUCACACACACACACACACACACACACCAGUGUGGCGUGUGUGGCAUGGUGCACUAGUUGUUUUCAUCUAUUUAUGCACCAGGAGUGUAACAGGCCUCCGUGGUCCUUUCUUAACUGUGCUUGUCUGUGUUGGGAUCUCAUCAGCCUUACCCUACUUUCAAAUGUACCCCUCUUUAUCAAAGAGUUAUUGUUGUGCAGCUUUCACAUAUUACUCUUUUUUUUUUCAUAGUAAACACAGAAAUGUUUGCGUUUGAAUAAGGGUUCAAGUGAUUUAGCACGAUAUGACCUACUUACAGCAUAAAAGGACCUGCCCGCCUCUCUGCACAGCUGACUUGAAGUUCCAUUUCUUCUUUUUUCCCUUUAGUUUUGCCUUUGCCGUCAUGUCAACAAUGCUUUUGAUAUUACAGUGGAUGGAAAGUCUCUGAAUGCUCACAUGAAUCCAAGUGAAAAGGCGCAGCGAUUGUAGAAAUCAAAACUACAUCAUCCAUCAAAAUAAAAAAAGAUUGCAGUCAAGUAUUAUUUCAGAAUUGGAUGCCAGCAACCACCACAGCUA